UUAGGAGUUUGAAGAUCUGGAUGAAAUUAUUGCCCGAUACAUUCAGCCCAUAGCAGCAACUGUUCGGGACAUCUUAAGUUUUAAGUAUUACAGAGAUUCUGAUGGAGGGAAAAGGGAAAUUUUGGACAAGUUGUUAACAGAGGAGAAGAAAAAAGCUGCAUUUAAAAUCCCCUACCUUAUGAGUGCCUCGCGUCAGUAUCCAGGGAAAUUCCUUCUUUCUUACAUGCCACGUAAUGUUGCCAGACACGAGUACGUGACCGUUGCUCCUGAGGGGAUCCGUUAUAGGCACCAGAAUUUCAAAUCGGUCAAUUCUUUGAUCAGAUGGUUCAAAGAGCAUUUUAGGGAUCCAAUUCCAGGAACACCUUCCAGUCGCACCCCAGCCCUGUCAGCCUAUACAACUCCUGCUGCACAUCAGACUCCAGGAAGGACACCUGUAGGCCGCACUCCAGUUGGUAUGUCUAAUGGGAUGUAUGGUCAUCACAUGGCAACGCCACAUGGAACCACCCCACGUGCUGCUCCAACAGCCACACCACACGGAACUACCCCACGAGCUGCCCCCACAACUACACCACAAAGACCGUAUGGAAGCUAUGGUUCUUUUCAGCCUGGUGUUACUCCAGUGAUGACCCCUAUGUUGACACCAUCAUCAUCUUUUCAACAUGGCGGCCACAUGACAACUCCUAGGACAGGCCCUCAUGUCAACAACACACCUUCAUAUCAACCAACACCUCGACCAAUGGUCGGCCCUGGGGCACCCUGGCCUGGUGCCACACCCAGAACCCCAGCAGCACGUACCCCAAGACAUGACAAAAACCAGGCAUCAUCUGCUGCAGACAUGGAUUGGGCACGAGCCGCGGAGAUGUGGGCCAACCGUAAGAAGACCACCAAAUCUCCCAGAGCCUCACCACGACCUUCACCCCGCACAGCUCCUAGUCCAGCUCGCAAAGGUUUUGAGUCUCCAUUUGGGGGCAGCAGCUUGGGUGGGGCAUCCCCACAGGGUGAUGGCACACCCUUAGUAGAUGAGAGGUAGCAGGCUUACAUCAUCACUUUUUAUAUUGUAAAAAUAUGUUUGACUAAUUUAUGUUAUAAAAUCUAAUUAACUUUUGCUUCAAGUGGUAGGGGAUAUGAAAUGCAAUUUAAGCAUAUAAUUGCAUAUUGAUGGGGUAAGAAAAUAUUACAACUUCCAUAAACUAAUCUUUUGUGAUGCGCACAAUGUGAUUUAUUGGAUGUUGCUUAGAUGCUAUUUAAAAAAAAUCUCCGAUUUAAGAAAUGUUUUGAUGCAUUAAACCAAGAGAUUAACAUGGGUAUAAUGUUAGUACUAGCAAUAGUAAACAUGUAACAAAUAUAGCUGAAUUUGAAUUUCUAAAUUCCACAUUUUUCACCUGUCCAGGUGAUUCCCUUCAUUAUAUUUGUGUUGUAAUCAUGGUUGCUGUUCUCAUGUUGUACAGUCAUGGUUCUUUGUAAAUACGAAAGAAAAUAAACUUUUUCAUCCUUCA